AUGGAUAGCGUCAAUGUGUCGGAACUGGUUGCGCGCCUCGGCGCGGAGGAGGAGUCGGUGCGGAAGAUGGCGGUCUUCAAGCUGCAGAAUGCCAUUGGCGACCCCUCCUUCGCCGACGUCUUCAUCUACGAAGGCGGCCUGCCCAAGCUGCGCUUCCUGGCCCUGCACUCGACCGGCAACACCCUGGCCUACUGUCUGACCUCUCUCGCGCGCCUGCUGGAGUUGGACAAGGGAUGGGACCAUGUCACGGACGAUCUGGUCGCGAGGAUCGUCGACCUCGUUGUCGCGCAACCUCUCGUCAACGUCAACCGCGGUGCCAUGUCGGUUCUCGCUGCCAUUGUCGGCCACCCCUCACACCGGAACUCCCAGGACGGGACCACGGGCUUCCAGCGCCUGAAGCCCGCCGUCGACUCCCAGCCCGACUUCCUACCCUCCCUCGUCGAAAAGAUCACCUCGGCCGACCACGCGCUAUGCGCAAACUCCCUACAGCUCAUCAACGCGCUCAUGCGAGACGCCAUCGCAAACGACGCAGCUUUCGAAUGGCCCAAGUUCAUCAAGCAGCUGCAGGAGUUGGGCGUGAUUAAGAGCGUAUACGGGCUUAUGCAGAGCUCUGCGAUACAAGAUCUGGCUCAUCCACUCCUCGAUUUCCAGUCUUUGACCAAGAUACUGCUCAGGAACUGGAGGGAAGAGAAGGUUGACCUGGAGAACCCCGACCACAGGAGGGCGAUCCGCGGGCUACACACAGCGAGUAAUCCGGAGAAGUCAGCAUCAGACCCCAAAGGUAGCAAGAAGCACAACCCGGAUAAAUGGAAGCGUCUGGGCUUCGAGACGGAAUCACCCGCGUGGGAGUUCGAUGCGACUGGCUUCCUAGGCCUCAUGGACAUUACAGACUUUGUCUACAAGAACGAAGACGGGUUUCAGAAGCUGUUGCUGGAGCAGUCGGCAGAGCCACUCGAGCAGCGAUGCCCAAUCGCUCGCGCAAGUCUGUCGGUCACCCAGACACUAUACGAACAUUUUGAAAUAGACAAGCUCGACGAUGUGGACUCCCACCGACCUACCGACUCGCGGGCCAACUUCGACCGCUCGUUCAAGCCCCUCCUGCUCCACUGGUCCAGGUUACAUACAAGUGGUCUGAGUGCCUUCAUCCGACUAUGGAAGGUAGCCGGCGCACAAACCGAGGACUUUGAGAAGAUCGAAGAGCUUGUCCGUAUCUUGAUCGAGCAGGUCGUGGGCCAGGCGCCACGCAUGAGGGACGUAAAGGACGUGGAGGAAGAUCUGGCUGAAUUCGAGCUGAAACGCCUGAGAGAACUCCAAAUGGAAGUACUGGAGCUGACCUACGAGGACGCAUGGGGCCAUCAUCUCCGUCAGGUCCGUGACGAGCUCAACCAUGAGGCUCUGCAGUUUGUAAAGGAGCAGCGUAUAAGAUGCCUGCUACAAGGCGCGUGGUUUCCAAUGGGUAUCGACUACGGCACGAGUGCGGGUCCGGUAACCAGCAAGACCCUGAAUCGUUCUGUACCCUCAUCAUGGCGUUUUGUCCGAUUGUCGCACAACCGGCGAUAUCUGCAUUACGCUGACUUUGACGAGAAGACGGCGACUGAGCCGAGGUUAGACACGCUGCAGGAGAAGA